GUUUCCGGUCUCUGCGUGUCUCUCUCUGUCACCACGUGUGCUCCAGUCAGAGUCAGAGAGCGGCAGCAGCAGCAGCAGCGUGGAGGAGGCUUCAGAGAAGUCUCUCCACUUAGAGAGCAUUGUAAAGCUUUAGUAAAGUAAAGCAACCUGCUGCCAACAUGUUGGUGUUGUUCGAGACCGCCGCUGGAUACGCGAUAUUCAAAGUCCUUGAUGAAUCCAAGCUGCAACAGGUCGACAGCCUGUAUAAGGAGUUUGAAACUCCCGAAAAGGCGAACAAAGUUGUGAAGCUGAAGCUCUUUGAGAAGUUCCAGGACACAACAGAGGCCUUAGCAGCUGCCACUGCUCUUACCGAGGGAAAAAUCGGCAAGAGUUUGAAGAAAAUCCUGAAGAAAGUCGUCGCCAAGGACGCUCACGAGCAGCUGGCCAUCAGCGAUGCAAAACUCGGCGGGGUUAUUAAAGAAAAGCUGGACCUGAGCUGUGUCCACAACUCCACCGUGUUCGAGCUGAUGAGAUGCAUUCGGGGCCAGAUGGAGAGCCUCAUCACCGGACUUCCUCCCAGGGAGAUCAGCGCCAUGUCCCUCGGAUUAGCGCACAGUUUAUCCCGCUACAAGCUGAAGUUCAGCCCAGACAAAGUGGACACUAUGAUUGUGCAGGCCAUCUCUCUUCUGGACGACCUCGAUAAGGAGCUCAACAACUACAUCAUGCGCUGCAGAGAGUGGUACGGCUGGCACUUUCCCGAGCUGGGGAAGGUCAUCACCGACAACUUGGUCUACUGCAAAGCUGUCCGCAAAAUUGGCGAUCGCACAAACGUGGCCGGCUCCGAUCUGUCGGACCUCCUCCCCGAGGAAAUCGAGGCAGAGGUCAAACUGGCCGCCGAGAUCUCCAUGGGAACAGAAGUGUCGGAACAGGACAUCGGCAACAUCGGGCACCUGUGCGAUCAGGUGAUUGAGAUUUCAGAAUACCGCGCUCAGCUGUACGACUACCUGAAGAACCGCAUGAUGGCGAUCGCUCCCAACCUGACAGUAAUGGUGGGAGAGCUGGUCGGCGCCCGUCUCAUCUCACAUGCCGGUUCCCUUCUGAAUCUGGCGAAGCAUCCGGCGUCCACGGUGCAGAUCCUGGGAGCAGAGAAGGCUCUGUUUAGAGCCCUGAAGACCCGCAAAGACACGCCCAAGUACGGCCUCAUCUACCACGCCUCCCUCGUGGGCCAGACCAGCGCCAAGAAUAAGGGCAAGAUCUCCAGAAUGCUGGCAGCUAAAGCUGCCCUGGCUAUUCGCUACGACGCCCUGGGAGAGGACACGAACGCAGAUAUGGGAGCAGAGAACCGAGCCAAACUGGAGGCCCGGCUGCGCCAGCUGGAGGAGAAAGGAAUCCGAAGAAUCAGUGGAACCGGCAAAGCAAUGGCAAAGGCAGACAAAUACCAGCACAAGAGUGAGGUGAAACAAUAUGAUCCAUCCGGCGAUUCUACUAUUCCGUCCACCUCAAAGAAGAGGAAGUUUGAGGAGGUGGAGGAGGAGGCCGAAGAGCCCGUAACACCGGUGGUCAAAUCCAAAAAAACUAAAAAGGAACCAGUAACAGAAGAAGAACCAGAAACAUCCGCAGCAGCAGAGGAGCUUCCCAAGAAAAAGAGGAAGAAAAAGAAGGACAAGAAAGAGGAGGAACCCGAGGAAGCAAAGGACGAAGAGGAAGAGGUAGCCGUAACAGAGUCAUCAGAAAAGAAGAAAAAGAAGAAAAAAAAGAAGGUCAAGGAUGAGGAAGAAGAUGAUGACUGCAUGUCGCAGUUACAAGCGAGGUUCUUCACAGAGGACAAAAGGUAUGUGGUAGAUGAUGUCCCAUUCUCCAUCCCUGCUGCCUCUGAGGUGCUGGACCUCAGCAAUGUCAUCAACAAGCUGCUGGAGGCGAAAAAUGCAUCUCACAGCAAAGUGGAGUUCGACUUCCUGGUCAGGGCUCAGUUCCUGCGAACGUCGCUGUCCACUCACAUGGACACAGAAGGCAUAUCAACGGAAGAAGUGGUGGAGAUCGAGUAUGUAGAGCGGAUCACAGCACCAGAGCCAGAGGAGUGCAUGAUGCACGAUGACUGGAUUAGCGCCGUAGAUGCAGAUUCUGAAUGGAUCCUAACAGGGUCGUAUGACAAGACAGCCAGGAUAUGGUCUGUGGAGGGCAAGGCGGUGAUGACGGUUGCCGGACACACGGACGUAGUCAAAGAUGUAGCCUGGGUCAAAAGAGACGGUCUGACGUCUCUGCUCCUGACGGCCUCUCUGGACCAGACCCUCCUGCUGUGGGAGUGGAACUCCGAGAGGAACAAGGUGAAAGCCAGACACUGCUGUCGGGGACACACGGGGAGCGUCGACGCUGUCGCGACAGACCCCACCGGCUCGAAGUUCUGCAGCGGCUCCUGGGACAAAAUGUUGAAGAUUUGGUCAGCUGUGCCCACGGACGAGGCAGACGAGGUCGAAGAACCCGCUGACAGACCGAGGAAGAAACAGAAGACUCAGCAGCUCGGCCUUACCAGGACUCCCCUGAUGACGCUAUCCGGACACAACGAGGCGGUGUCCUCCGUCCUGUGGCGCGACAGCGAGGAAGUUUGCAGUGCAUCAUGGGACCACACCAUCCGCUUGUGGGACGUCGAGACGGGAGGAAUGAAGACCACGCUGACGGGCAGUAAAGUGUUCAACUGUAUUUCCUACUCCCCUCUGUGUCGACGGCUGGCCUCCGGCAGCACCGACCGACACAUCAGACUGUGGGACCCUCGCACCAAAGACGGGUCGCUGGUGAUGCUGUCUCUGACCUCCCACACCGGGUGGGUCACCGCCGUGAAGUGGGCGCCGUCACACGAGCACCAGCUGGUCUCCGGUUCCCUUGACAACCUGGUCAAACUGUGGGACACCAGAAGCUGUAAGGCUCCUCUGUAUGACCUGGCGGCCCACGAGGACAAAGUGUUUUGUGUGGACUGGACAGAAAAUGGGCUGAUGCUGAGCGGAGGUGCAGAUAACAAGCUGUACACCUACAAAUACUCAGCCUGUCAGACAGAUGCGGGGGCAUAAAGCUCCACAUGGACUCCACCACAGACAAUAAGGACAGAAUGAUGGACAUUAUCAGUGUUGUGACAGGCGGACGAAAGCAGCAGUGAUUUAGAUUUUUGUACAGUAGAAAACGCUUUGUUCUUCGCUGUCCUGGUUAUUUUUACCCCCCUCUCAAUUUUUACACCUAUUUUCUUAUGGAUUGUCUUCCUGUAACCCGAGAAAACUAUAAAUUAAUUUUGUCUCCUAAAAUGUCUCUUCUAUCUAAUUUUGAGGAUGCAAAAACACAACAAUAUAAUGAAAAUGACCAAAAAAAGAUUCCACAUAUACAAAUCAUAUUAAAGUAUCGCAAUAGAUUUGUA